GUGUAGACUUCGGCUAAUAUAAAACCAUUCGCCGUUAAAUCUCAUCUGCAUUAUCAUUCUCAUUAAGGAAAGAUAACUGAUUUCUUUUUUCCGGUACCGUAUCUCCGGCGAUAUACAACACGUCGUCGACGGCGGCAGACGGCUUCAGUCUGUCUCCGAUUCUCUAAUCUCCGGUUGUUAUUAGUUUCUGCUAUAUCCAGCCUGGCCGAUAUACAUGUGUAGAGAGAGAUGGGGCUGUUCAGGAGGCUCGCUGGAAUUCUAGGGUUUUCGAGGGAGGAAGGUCAGGAAGUGCACGAAGAAAACGGAGACGCUGAUGCGAAUCUAGCGUCGUCUUCGGCAGUGGCGGCGGCGGUGGCGGCAGCGGCUCAAGCUCAGCACCUGCAUCGCAGAGGCUUCAGUGUCCCAAUUCAAGUGCAAGUCGAUAGACCUGCGCCUGGACCUGUCCUUCUCCCCUGCACUGCCGGCGACGGAGGCGUUCAGGGCUUGAGAUGGUAUGCCAAGCGUCUCAGGGUUGAUGAAGAUGGAGAUGUGGCAGAUGAGUUCAUUAACGAGGUUUUGCCUGAGAAGCUUAGCAUCGAAGAGCAGGAUAGACAAUACCCGAGGUUUGAAGUGAAAUACCAGACUAGGCCGGCUAAGAUAAGGAACCAGGUACUCUCAUCUGCUGGUAAAAUUCAACUUUGUGUUGAGCAUCAAGGCAGACUAGAGAUCUGAAGAACUUGUACUGAGAAACUUGUUAUCGCCACAAUGGGUCUCUGCAGUCGCUUAUCAGGAACCGUCUGUUUUGUAAAAGGGUGAAUCCUUGAAAGAAUUGAGCUGGUGUUUGAACAUGAAACCUUUUCAUUGAACAGCACAAUUGUACUCUUGAAAACUUCCAAUGUAUACAAAGCUACAAAUUUGUUUACUAGUGA